GAGGUGUGCGGCGACUGACACUCACACAGAGAUCACAUGUGUUUAGAAAUUGAUUUGUCGUUUCAGUAGUGAAUCACUCUUGGGAUCAAUUGCGGUGAUAGUGAGGCGAACCACCAACUCGUGAGACAAUGUCUAAGCGCGUGGCGACCAAACAGCUAACGAUGGAUAACUUCGACGAAGACGACGAUGAGGUGGACUACGAGGACAAUGACAGCGCCGGUGGUGUCGUGAGAGUGGCCUCUGAUGAGGUGCUCAAGACUAGGCCCAUGGCUAAGGCCAGGCGUAGGAGUGAUCUGAACUCGUCGGUGACCGGCGCCGACGAUGGCAGCGACGCGCCCAAGAAGUCGGCGUUCAGUGGUUUCGGCGGUUUUAAAGGUCUUCAGUCAAAUGCGUUGAAACCAACCGCCAGUUCUUUGGACGCGUUUAAAGCGUUUGCAUCGACGCCCACAUCACAGUCGGCCAUAACCUCGACAGCCAAUGAUAAGCCGGUGUCUCAGACGUCAUCGACGGUAAGGAGCGGUCAGACGAACGGCGCGGACAACGAGGACGAGGACAUGGAUGAGUCGGACGCCGAGUACGACAGACAGCUCUCGAAACUGAAUAAAUGCUUCUUUAACCACAUGAAGACAUAUUUAGACAAAUCGUAUUCAUAUAACUUCACGCCUGUAUGUCUUGAGUACAUCCAAUACCACAAACAGAUCGAGUCCGAGGCCAAGACUAACGGCGCUAAGACAACACAGGUGCCCACUGGCAGCGCGUGGCCCGUCAAAUCCCUGUCCAUUACGAAUAACUUCGGGACAGACAGCACACCGUCGCUGCCGAGCACUCCGGACUCAUCGCAAGCGAGUACUACCGGCGCUCUGUUUGGCUCAGAGACGUCGUCGACGGACGGGUCGUUGCUGUUCGCCAAACCGGGAGGCCUUCAGUUCGGCUUAAGUAAGCCGUCGUUCACGAACCCCGGCUUCAGUAUACCUGACUUUCUGAAGGGCGGCGCCGGUAGUCAGUCGUCGACAGUCACCGCCGACUCGGCCAAUGACGAGGAGAGCGAAGAGCCGCCUAAAGUCGAGUCCGUCGAACAUACGGAACCCAACGCUGUCUUCACCAAAAAAUGUAAGCUAUACUUCAAGAAAGAGAACAAUUGGAUAGAGAAAGGGAUUGGCUUUCUAUACAUUAUAAAGGAUGAAAAGGCAUCGAAACCACAGCUCCUGAUCCGCGCCAGCAAUACAAUGGGAACUAUAUUACUGCACAUAACUCUGUCCGAGUCGUUGCCGGUGGGAAAGGCGCCCCAAAACAAGGGUGUGUUGCUCACGUGUAUACCACACCCCCCUCUGGACCCCAAAGCGGCCGAAGGCUCGCAAACGUCGGUGUCGUUCAUGAUUCGCGUCAACCCUAAGAGCACUGACGAGGUGUUCAACGCUUUAGUCAAACAUAUGACUAAUUGA